AUGCUAAAUAUGGUCGAUGUUCUCUACUUACAUGUGGAUGUUACUCAACGACUUGAUCAAUUAGUAUUUGAUCCAGUUUAUAUUCGUAAUCUUGGUAUGGCUUCUAUGGAGAUGAAAUCAUGUUUUGAUUUUAUCUUUGCAAUAGACAAUCAAGUUCUUGAUAGAAUUUGUAAACAUAUUUUACCUAGAAUUCAUCAUAAAAUAAAUAAAUUCAUUGUUGAACAAAAUUCAAUGGAACGCGUUCUUCACACAAUCCAUUAUAUCCAACUUUAUUCGUUAUCACUUGUAGAUUUUCAAAGAGAAGUACUAAUCAAAUACUUAGCAGGUUAA